CACCCUUCCUCCUUCAAACCCCGGGAGCCCUAGCCACCACAAUGCAGAUCUUCGUGAAAACCCUAACGGGGAAGACGAUAACCCUUGAGGUGGAGUCUUCGGACACCAUCGACAACGUCAAGGCCAAGAUCCAAGACAAGGAGGGAAUUCCACCGGACCAACAGCGCCUCAUCUUCGCCGGAAAACAACUCGAGGAUGGUCGUACCCUCGCCGACUACAACAUCCAGAAGGAGUCUACGCUCCACCUCGUCCUUCGCCUUCGCGGUGGCGCCAAGAAGAGGAAGAAGAAGACCUACACCAAGCCAAAGAAGAUCAAGCACAAGCACAAGAAGGUUAAGCUCGCUAUCCUUCAGUUCUACAAGGUCGAUGACUCUGGUAAGGUUCAGAGGCUCAGGAAGGAGUGCCCUAAUGCUGAGUGCGGCGCUGGAACCUUCAUGGCCAACCACUUUGAUCGCCACUACUGCGGCAAGUGUGGUCUUACCUAUGUUUACCAGAAAGCCGGUGCUUAAUUUUGCUACCCAGCGGUGAAAUUUUAUGUUUUAGUUUCUAAAGUUUUGGUUUUUGUUAGUGGGGUAGACGAUUUGUCGUGUCGCUACUAUGUUUAAGUUUUAUUAUAGUUUCGUUUCUGAACUUACAUGAAUAUUGUUUUGUGUUUUGGUUUAUUUAUGAUUCGGUUUAA